GGCCCUCCAGCUCCUCGGUGGCGGCGACGCAGGCUCUGUCCGCCCCAGGGGGGCGCAGAAGGGCGCGACGGUGCCAGGAAGCCGCUUGCGAAGCCCCAAGACUCGCUCAAACUCAGCUCGGCCAAGCUCAAGGUGCUUGCCAGCCUGCACCCCCUGGCCCACAGCAGAGCAGCCGCAGGACUCCAGGCAGCCCAGGACUUUAAAGAACCCCGAGUAAACAGGGUUUGGACAGCCUCUCUGGAGCCCAGCAUGUGUGGGGGACUGAUGGAGAGGUAUGUGGCUGCCAUGGUGCUGAGUGCGGCUGGAGAUGCCUUGGGGUACUAUAACGGAAGAUGGGAGUUCCUCCGGGAUGGGGAGAAGAUACACCAGCAGUUGGCCCAGCUGGGCGGCUUGGACGCCCUGGACGUGGGAAGGUGGAGAGUGAGCGAUGACACGGUGAUGCACCUGGCCACAGCGGAAGCCCUCCUGGAAGCUGGGGAAGUCCCAGACUUGGCUCGACUGUAUUCUCUCCUUGCUAAGCAUUACCAAGACUGCAUGGAAGAUAUGGAUGGCAGGGCACCAGGCGGUGCCUCCAUGCAGAACGCCAUGCAGCUGAAGCCAGACGAGGCCGAUGGCUGGAGGAUUCCCUUCAACGGCCAUGAGGGUGGCUGCGGAGCUGCCAUGCGGGCCAUGUGCAUCGGUCUCAGGUUCCCUCACCCCGGCCAGCUGGACACGCUGAUCCAAGUGAGCAUUGAGAGCGGGCGAAUGACCCACCACCACCCCACGGGCUACCUGGGGGCCCUUGCAUCUGCUCUUUUUACAGCCUAUGCCGUGAAUGGCAAACCACCUAGGCAGUGGGGAAAAGGACUGAUGGAGCUGCUACCAGAGGCUAAGAAGUACAUUGUCCAAUCAGGCUACUUUGUGGAGGAAAAUCUUCAACACUGGUCCUACUUCCAAAACCAGUGGGAAAAGUACCUAAAACUUAGAGGGAUUUUGGACGGCAAAUCAGCCCCUACCUUCCCCAAGCCCUUUGAUGUGAAGGAGAGGGAUCAGUUCUACACGUCCCUGAGCUACUCUGGCUGGGGUGGCAGCAGUGGGCACGAUGCCCCCAUGAUUGCCUAUGACGCCGUCCUUGCCGCAGGAGACUCCUGGAAGGAACUUGCCCACCGAGCCUUCUUCCAUGGUGGAGACAGCGAUUCGACAGCCGCCAUUGCUGGCUGCUGGUGGGGAGUGAUGUAUGGUUUUAAAGGAGUGAGUCCCCCCAACUAUGAGAAACUGGAAUACAGAACCCGGCUGGAAGAGACAGCUAGGGCUUUAUAUUCUCUCGGUCAAAGGAAGACACCGUAAUUACCCUUUAGGGAGAUGUGUUGUUCAUUUCUGGUGGUUUCUUCUUUUGAGUAUUCCCAUUUCUGCUCCGUUUCUUUUCACUUUUUCCACCAAAGAGUCUUAACCUUGUACUCAGGAGUUGAGAUGACAAAUCCCUGGGGUUAAGCUUAAUCUUUUCAGAUUCAUCCUGUUCUCCCUGAAUCUGUCCCUCUUCUUAUAUUGAAGAGUCUUUUAUCUCAGUUGAUGGGAUCAGUAACUCCCAAGACAGAAAUCCCCAAACCUCAUAUCUGAGUCUUCAUUUUCAUCAUGUAAUUGUUCUAAAGUUUUUUCUGUUUGUCUUAGGUUUUAGGGGCAGGGGCAGG